CAUCCACAGAGGAUUUCAUCUCUUUCUUACAGAAAAAAACGAAAGUGAUACGGCCAAGAAAAAGGAAAAAAAAUAAAAAUGUCGAUAAUUAAUUACACACAAAUCUGAUACUCCGAAUUCGAUCUGUUUGUGAUUAAUAGUACGACUGAACUUCUUUUUUUUCCCAUCAUUCAAUCAAUUUCUCUCCAAUUCAGCUAAAACCCUAUGAAAUUAAAUUUCCCCCAAAAUUAACUGUUACUUUUUUCCGGCGAAGUUCGAUCUCGAUUUCUUUUUUUCUGUUCAGCGGCUUUUAACCCAGCCAAUGCAAUGGUGGUCUGUAAAUGCCGCAAGGCGACUAAGUUGUAUUGCUUCGUCCACAAGGUGCCGAUUUGCGGAGAAUGUAUAUGCUUUCCGGAGCACCAAAUUUGUGUGGUUCGAACGUAUUCUGAGUGGGUGAUUGAUGGAGAGUACGAUUGGCCUCCUAAAUGCUGCAACUGCCAGGCUGUGCUUGAAGAUGGGGCGGAUCCUCAAACGACACGAUUGGGUUGUUUGCAUGUUAUACAUACUAAUUGCUUAGUGUCGCACGUGAAAAGUUUUCCUCCACAUACUGCUCCGGCCGGAUACACCUGUCCAGCCUGUUCAACUCCGAUAUGGCCACCAAAAAGUGUCAAAGAUUCAGGAUCACGUCUUCAUUCAAAGUUGAAAGAAGCAAUAAUGCAGACUGGUCUGGAGAAGAACUUGUUCGGCAACCAUCCAGUUUCAUUUGGAACAGAGCCCCGUAGUCCUCCACCUGCCUUUGCCUCAGAGCCGCUUGUGCAUCCAUCUCUUGGGAAAGAUGCCGACCCUACAAGACCUGCAAGUUUGGACAUAGUGUCGAUCGAUGGACCGAGCUCUGCCACGUCAUCUCUACCAAAUCACGAAGCCAAUUUCAUGAAGAGCACAAGUCCUACUGCUCCUGGUGCAACCACGCGGAAGAACGCACUGCAAGUUGAAAGGCAGAACUCGGAAGUUUCGUAUUAUGCCGAUGAUGAAGAUGCAAAGAGGAAGAAGUACUCGCGAAGAGGUACGUUUCGUCACAAGUUCUUGAGGUCACUGUUGCCUUUCUGGUCAAGUGCAUUGCCGACUCUACCAGUGACUGCACCACCAAGAAAAGACGAGGAUGCCCCCGAAGGUCGUGCAAGACAUCAUAAGUCUUCAAGAAUGGAUCCAAGGAAACUCCUCUUAAUUAUAGCCAUCAUGGCAUGCAUGGCAACAAUGGGUAUUCUGUAUUACAGAAUCGCACAACGUGGGUUGGGCGAAGAUUUGCCUGACGAUGACCCGCAAUGAUUGAAACUUGAGAAAGUGGUAAUAGGCGAACGUGGUCUAUUGUUCUUCGUCUUCGUGCUUGUUCUUGUAACUCCGGUUAUCAAGAUUUUUUUUUUUAUUCGUGGGUGAGUUAUGACUGUUUUGUCUGGAUAAUAAUGAUGCCCUUUUUUGUUAUAGAAGUUAUCGGAAUCUGUAGCAGUAGCAACAAAUUACAUGUUUAUAAGGAACUACAUUUCGCGAGUUUGGUUGUAUGCUUCGAAACCUUUUCUUAUUUUAACCUAAAACUGAGAUCGAUCUUGUUAUCCA